ACCCCCCUUGCCAGUUAUAAAGUCACUUGUCGCAAAACCCCCCAAAAUGCUCGCAAUUUUAUCAACAUAACCGCUUAAUGGCAUAAUGGGGGUUUUCUGAAACUGUAUCAAAACUUCAUGGUUGUUCUCUGAAAAUGAAGUUGAAAGUUAGGGGAUAUGAUGAAACAGUUGGGGGUUAAGCAGUUAGCGGGUAUGUUGAAAAAUUGAAAAAAAUUUCUGGGUUCUGUGACAAGCCCCAAAAAAGUUUGGUGAUUAAGUGACAUUUAUAAAGUGUAGGGAGGUUAUCUCAGAAUAGGCCAAACUUUAGAGGGGUUAUGUCAAAUGUAUACACGAUACAACUGCAUAAACUUGAUCAGACAUCCAUUUGCAAUAGUUAAUGGCUCCUCCUACACCAAGACUAGUAGUGCCCGUAGACGUGAAGAAAAAGCCAUGGGAGCAAAAACUCCCUCUUCACAACCGAUGGCAUCCUCAAAUACCUCCAGUGGCCGAUGUCACCGAAUGCGAGCUCUUUCGUGUCGAGAUGGUGGACUGGACUGGAGGGAGCAUUGGAGAUAAUAGCUCUGCAGAAGACAUCAAAUCUAUAGACCCUACAAUUACACAUUAUCUAAGUGGACCUUUGAGGGUUGUCGACAAAGACGGGAUGCCUGCAAAGCCUGGAGAUCUUCUUGCGGUAGAAAUCUGCAAUUUAGGUCCUCUACCUGGAGAUGAAUGGGGUUACACAGGAAGUUUCGAUAGGGAGAAUGGAGGUGGGUUUUUAACAGAUCAUUUCCCUUGUGCAACAAAAGCAAUUUGGUACUUUGAAGGGAUAUACGCAUACUCUCCUCAUAUACCAGGAGUACGAUUUCCAGGAUUGACUCAUCCGGGAAUAAUUGGAACUGCACCAUCACUUGAACUUUUGCACAUUUGGAACGAAAGAGAGAAGAAAUUAGUAGAAGAUGGUCCUAGCUCUCUAAAGUUAUGUGAUGUCUUGCAUCAGAGACCGCUGGCAAACUUGCCGACAGCCAGAAAUUGCCUUUUGGGAACGAUUAAAAUGGGAACCCCAGAAUGGGAUAAGAUUGCAAAUGAGGCAGCAAGGACGAUACCUGGAAGAGAAAAUGGGGGAAACUGUGACAUAAAAAACCUCAGUAGAGGUUCAAAAAUUUAUCUUCCCGUGUUUGUUGAUGGAGCAAAUCUUAGUACUGGUGACAUGCACUUCUCUCAGGGUGAUGGAGAAGUUUCAUUCUGUGGAGCAAUAGAGAUGAGUGGAUUUCUAGAGCUCAAGUGUGAGAUCAUAAGGGGAGGGAUGAAAGAGUACCUGACGCCGAUGGGUCCAACUCCUCUCCAUGUCAAUCCCAUAUUCGAGAUUGGUCCAGUCGAGCCGCGCUUCUCAGAGUGGCUGGUCUUCGAGGGUAUCAGUGUCGAUGAGUUUGGUCGACAACAUUACCUUGAUGCCUCCAUUGCAUACAAGCGUGCAGCCCUCAAUGCCAUUGAUUACCUCUCAAAGUUCGGUUACUCUAAAGAACAGGUGUAUCUCUUGCUCUCUUGCUGUCCGUGUGAGGGGAGGAUUUCUGGCAUCGUGGACUCUCCUAACGCUGUUGCUACUCUCGCUAUUCCUACAGCCAUUUUUGAUCAGGAUGUUCGUCCAAGAUCAGCUGGGAGAGUACCAACAGGACCGAGGGUUGAGAAGAGAAUGCCAGAUGUGUUGAAGUGCAGAUACAGUGGAUAUUUACCUGUAACGAAGAAUCUGAGUCAGUCUGAUUCAAAUUAGUGCCAACAAUCCAAGGACGGAUUUGUAUCGGAACAAAGUCUCAGAGUGAUUUUCCUUUAUAAUAAUGUUGCAAGUGUCAAGUUGCAAGAAAUUCUCAGACAAUUAUCAACUGCAACUAGAAAUGUCUGUAAGGAAAAUAGCAAGAGAUCAACCUGGGAGUUCA